AUGGAGCACAUGUUUUUCCACUGCCCGAUAGCUCAAUUUGUAUGGAAAAUAGCACCAGUGAGGUGGGAAGGACUGCAUGAUCUUCAAAAUAAUAUGUGGAGAUGGUGGGAAGCAGUGAAUCAGGCAGAGAUAAUGGCAUAUGGAAAAGAAAGAAUCAACCUAACUGCCAACAUACUUUGGCAGAUAUGGAAAGUAAGGAAUAGGACCCAUUUUGAACAAAAAAAAGGAGAGGCAAGAGAGAUUAUUGGGAAGGCACAACAAGAAUGGGCUGAAUAUGAAGAGGUUACAGGACAACAAAGCAAGGAACAUGUGGGAGAAGAACGGGCUGUCCAGCAAGUAAGAAUGAGAGAUUCACCAAAGGAAGGAGUCAUCAGAAUCAAUACAGAUGCGGCAAUAAAUUCAAAUUUGAUCAGAACGAGAAAGGGGAUAAUAGCAAGGAAAUGGACAUGGGAGAUUUUGAGAGCUAAAGGAGUAAGGGAGUCAAAGCAGGGACAGGCAUUAAUGGAAGAAACACUAGCUAUUAGAAUGGCUCUUCAAAUGGCAAGACAAGCGAAAUGGGAAAAGAUAGAAGUGCUGUCAGAUUGUAAAGCAGCAGUUGACAUGAUUUUCAGCAACAAUGUCCAGGACGAUCAUUUAGCAACCGUUCAGGAAGACAUUGAGGACCUAAUGAAAGGUUUUGAACAAUGCACAGUUUCAUUUGUGUCUAGAUCAGCUAAUGUAGGAAGUCAUAGGAUAGCAAAAUUUGCAACACAGCUAGUUAAUGACAUUGAUUGGGAAAACAACUUCCCAACUUGGUUAGUAGAAGCAGCCAACAAUGACUGGAAGGCUGAGACUUCUUUUUUGUAA